AACAUUACGAUUACGAUAUAACGAUAUAAUAAAACUUAUUGCCACUGGUAUAAAGAGAGGGGACAUAUGCCAUCUAGGAAAAAAACAAUAGUUCUGGACUACACUUUGUCGAACCAUGGCGAAGGUUUCUGACGUAGAGUUUAGCGAUACUAAUAGGACUAAAGUGAACCCAUGGAGAGUUGUAUUUAUAAUUCUGCUGUGCCUCGGUUUGAUCGCUGGCGUUCUUAUUGGGACGAUUAUAGGACGUGAAUGGGAGUCUUACGAAUACAAGCACGCCGCAGUGGCUUCAGAUAACGCAGAUUGUUCUAGGAUAGGCAAAGAAAUUUUAAAAAAGGGAGGAAAUGCAGUGGAUGGGGCUGUCGCAUCAAUGCUGUGUGUUGGACUACAUAAUGCACACAGCACCGGAAUCGGGGGUGGCAGUUUUAUGGUGAUUAGAGAUUCGGAGGAAAAAGGCCAAAUAUUUGCGUAUGACUUCCGGGAGGAAGCACCCGGACUAGCCAAUGAGACCAUGUUUGUUAACGAUACAACGGAUGCAUCGGUUCUUGGUGGACUAGCUAUUGGUGUUCCCGGGGAGGUGAAGGGUUACUGGACCGUUCACCAAAAACAUGGGCGUUUGCCAUGGAGUGAUCUGUUUACACCAAGUAUCGAACUGGCACGGAAUGGGUUUAUUGUUACUGACGCCCUCGCAAAAGCCAUCCUGUCGAAGAAGGAGAUCAUUGAGGAAGAUCCUAGUCUAAGUGAAGUAUUUGUGGGCCCAGAUGGCGGAAUCCUAAAGGAGGGGGAUACAAUGUUCAGACUAAAGUUAGCACGUACAUACGAGAGGAUUGCAGAGGGCGGAGAAAAGGAGUUCUAUGAAGGAGAGUUAUCAAAGGAUAUUUUAAAAGAUAUUCAAGAUAGAGAUGGAAUUAUCAAAGCUGAAGACCUAAAGAACUAUGCAGUGAAGGAACGGAACACAACAUUCAUCACAAUUACUGCCGGAGAGAAAACACUACAAAUGUUUUCUCUUCCACCACCUGCAAGUGGUGCGGUUCUUUCUCUGAUACUGAACAUCCUGGAUGAAUAUAAUUUCAAUGUAAAAAGUUAUGAAGAGGAUACUGUUCAAACGUAUCAUCGUAUCGUAGAGGCAUUCAAAUUCGCGUACGCCAAACGGUCAGCGCUGGGUGAUCAGGAUUAUGUUGAUGUUGAAGAGCUUGUCAAAAAUAUGACGUCGGAUGAAUAUGCUAAAGAGUUGCAAGAAAUGAUUACAAACAACACACAUAACACUUCUUACUAUGGACCGCUUUUCGGAAAUGAGGAGGAUUAUGGGACAGCCCAUCUGUCAAUUGUCGACGAAAAUGGAAUGGCAGUGUCAAUGACGAGUACGAUCAACACAUAUUUUGGGUCUAAAGUUCGAGGGACGCGGACAGGAAUCAUAUUCAAUAAUGAGAUGGAUGAUUUUUCCACACCUGGUACGGUCAACUCCUUUGGAGUUCCCGCGUCACCCUCUAACUUCAUUAAGCCUGGAAAACGACCCAUGUCCUCUAUGUGUCCUUCUAUAUUUCUGGACAAAUCAUCAAACAAAGCGUAUUUGGUAGUGGGGGCAUCGGGCGGCACCAGGAUAACAACCGGGACCGCUCUGGCUAGCAUGAAUACGCUGUGGUUUGGUUUAAACAUAGAGCAUGCAAUCAAAAAACUAAGAAUUCACCACCAACUGGUUCCGACUUACAUAACGUAUGAAAAAGAUUUUAGCAAGGAAAUUUUAGAUGGUUUGGAGAAAAGAAAACACGAAACUAAACAAACAUCAAGUAAAAGUGUAGUACAAGGUAUCAAGAGAAAAUCAAACGACUAUCUCACUGCCUAUUGUGACGACAGGAAAGGCGGGAAACCUGCCGGAUAUUAAACACUAAGCAUCUAUUAUCACCAUAGUAAACAAUAGAAACCUAUUACAGUAAUCCUAAUCUUAUUGUAGGUUGGUUAGCAUCUCAAAAUAUUUUAGAGAUGUACCAACGUUUUAUAGAUGCGUCCGACGUUCCUACUUUUGUAAAUAAUGCUAUUACGAAAAAUCAAAUUACAAACAGAUGUUUAUACUAGUAUAGUAAUCGAUUGAUUUUGUGGGUCAUUAUACCAAAGACACAAAUAUAAAGUUUAGUCCCAAUCUGUGCUUUCUUAAGGUGAAGAAAUGUAUAGCUGUAAAGUAUAUUUGUUAUUUUUAAAUAAAUGUUGAUUUUUACUACAAUUUAAAAA